UAAACCUACAGAUUCCCUUAUUUCUUCCCUAUCCUAUUCUAGAUCCGAUCAUUGUAAAAUACAUAGAUUCAUUUUAAAGAAAUUUUCCAAUCAUCAAUAUCAAUAUAAAAUAAGAUUCUCAUUCGGUGAUAAAGAUAUUUCUAAGCAUCUACCGAGAGAAAAAGAUUAUAUUAAAUCUGCAUGUAAUGCAAUUGAAUUUUUACAGUGGCAAAUGAAACAUACUAAAUAUCUAGAUAACAAAUUACGUAGAUAUUUGAAUAAAACUAUUCAAGAGACGAGGUUACUUAUAAAAAAAUUUAUUAACGAACAACCACAAACUUGGAAAUUAUUAGAUAUAAAAGAAUGUAUUAUGUCUCAUUUGGUGGCCGCCGGAUGUGAUGAUUUAAUCUCAUACAUUGUUUAUGAAAAGAGAGAUUUAAUGUUACAUAAUCCAAGAAGAUAUGCUUGGUCCAAAAGAGAAAGUGAUGAAUGCAAUAGAUUAAUUAGAUUAAUUGAUGUUAAGAGAAAAAUUUUAAAUCGGGAAAUUCCUCAAAUUCCUCAGCAAGAAAAAAAGCGUUUAAAUGGUGAUUGUUUGAGAAAACCCAGUGAUUUGAAAAUUGCUAUUGAUCAUAAAAACAAAAAUGCAGUCAAAGGUCUUGUAAGAUAUUAUUCAAUUCUUGCCAUGGAUCAUACUGGCUGGAUGUUUACCGUGUCUGAUGAAUUAUUAGAAUUACUUAAAUACAAUUCAGGUAAAUUUAUGUAUAAAUAAUAUAUUUAAAAAUGUGAUUUAAUUUGAUCGUUUAGUAACUUGAAAAUUUUUGUAGAUUAC